AUGCCGUCGCCCGUUGGUUCGCCGGUGCUGACCAGCGAGGGUCUGCCUGGAGAGCCAGAGAAGGCCGAGCCGCCAAAUGGCUUGGUGCUGCCACCUGGCGUACAGCCGCACAUCCAUAUUGAGCCUCCAGACACCCCAGGCGGCCCAGCGGAUUCAGUUGACUCAAUGCAGCACGGCGACCUGGCGCAGCCAGAGGGCAUGGGCAGCACGCUGCUGCCAGGCGACAAGGUGCAGUCCGAGUGCACGUCGCUGCCAGGCGACUCGACUUGGCACACCAGCACGCUUCUGCCAGGCGACUUGGCGCAGCCAGAGAGCGUGCCGCUGGGCUGCUCGCUCUCCGCAGCUGCGCCGGGUGCCAGCCGCCAUCGGCCGGCGCCGACCUCCGCGGCCUCUCGGAGCUCGAUCGCUGGCAGCGCCGUGGCAGGCCCUCAGCGCUUUCAGCGCCCCCGAAGUGCGAGCCGCCCCAGAGAUCCGCGGCGCUCCGCCUUUGCGCAGUCGCUGCGGCUGGCCCGCGACGACGCGGCGGCUGGCGGCCCGCCGCAGAAGCCCACCAAUGCCGACCCUGCCCUGGGCCCAGUUCCUAUCGGGAAGAUCCUGCUCCGGAAAGAUGGCCGCGAGUUGAACCCGAUCGUCGCGGCCGCGCUGAGGGGGAAGGCCUCCCGCGAGUGCCGGUUCUGCGGGCAGGUCGGGCAGGACGGCUGCGUCGGGCGCUUCUGCGGCUGGAGGGUCGCCGCCGGCUUCCUGCAGGAGCUCGGCCCGAAGGCCGCGGUUAACCUCACGGUCCCUGGCCCUGGCAGCUACGCCACGAAGAGGACGCAAACUGGCGACGCGCUGCUGCUCGGCUCGGAGGGCGUGGCGCGCGACCAGGACGCCCUGCUGAAGACGUCGGACCUGCAGGGCAGCCCGGCGCUGCAGCGCCGCCGGACGGGGAAGGCUGCGGCGUGGCGCGGCGGCUCUGGCACGGGGAGCACGGCGGAGCUGGGCGCCCUGGUCGAUCCGCCGGAGAGCCACCCGCCGAGCGGGGCGUUCUCGUUCUCCCGCGUCGAGUGGCAGGCGACCGUCACCACGCAGACGAUAAAGAGCCCGGUUGUCGAGGAAGAAGAGAGCCCUUCAGAUUCGGGCUUUGCCUUUUUGGUUCGCACCGGGUUUUGUCGCCGGAUUUCGGGCCUUUGGGGCCUCCACAGGUCGAUCUGGCUCGGAGAAUGGCGCAGAAAAACUGGGUCUAGGGCUCCAGUGGUGAUUGCUCGCGGUGUUGCAGUUUUUCCUGCGCAUCGCCAGAUCUGAGGGGCGGCAUGAGCAGCA